GAGCAUGGGGCUGAGGAUGCAGGGCGGCAGCAGGCGGAGCCAAGGUAAGAUGAAUGAAUGCUCAGCUCUUGUCAUUCCCAGAUGUGGUCCAGCAAGUCCAUUUAAAGGACACUUAAGUAAUAAAAGUAAUGCUUUUUGCAUUGGCUCCUCUCGAAAUCUAGCUAGCCAAUACCUGAUCAGAGAUCACAUGGUGGUUCAUUAUAACAGAGUUCUUUCAGCCAAAGCAGCUGUAGACUCUUCAUUGCCCAAAAGUAGGUUGGCCAGCAUCAAACUUGCUGACCAGCAAAGAAGAGAGAAACUGAAAAAGAAGAUAGCCAGGUGUAGAGAGAAGUUAAGUGUGUGUGAAGCUGUCUCUCCAUCCCGUCCAAGAGGCAAAGGAAGGGCUCUGCCAUCCUCUUUUAGAAAGAGUCUCUUGGAAGCAGAAGAUGGUGUCUCACCCUCUGCUGGGCAGGCAGAGUACGUAUCAGGAGCAGCAUCUUCUCACGGCGAGGAUUGCUUGGUUCACUCCUGUGCAGGGAAGUGCACCAGGAAGCACUCUCGGAACGCAGCCGGGGCGUCGUACUCCAGUGUGUGUGUGUCACGGGCCGCAGGCAGGCACUCUGUGCUGCCCCGCAGCCACUCCAUCGAGAGUUUUGUCAGCGUUAUUGGUUGUUCCCAGAGGUGCCAAGGAAACCACUCCCAGGCCGUCGGCGGGGACCUUCUAGAGAGGCACUCUGAAUGCUUCACCAAGAGCCGAAAGCCUUUCACUCCACGCACCUUAAUAUCAGAUGCUAAACCUUUCCUGUCAGAGUACAGGUUUUACACUCCUGCUCAAAGGAGGAAGAGAAAUCACCGCAAAUCACAGCUUGUGGAAGCUCAAACACAGACUGAUAUGACCAGCUUUCCACCUGAAGACAAAGUGCCUGUGAGAAAAGUUACGGGUGAAAAGCAGAAGAUCAAAUCAAAGGCUGAAGAUAAAAGAUAUACUUUGGAUGAGCCUGAGAGAGGAGUAGAUGAUUUUCAACUCUCCAUCCCAAGAGAGACAUCAUGGUGUCCUCAGAAGUCUUCAUCUUCACCAGAGAGAACUGACGAUGCUGAAGAAGAGGAGCUUUUGUAUUUAACUUUCAUUGAAGAAGUAACUAAUGAAAUUCUUAGACUUGGCGUGUUUUCUAGCAGGGUUCUGGAUCAACUGUUCAAGUGCCAUAUAGAAGAAAAUAAGAACCGCCUUGAUGAGGGCAAAAUGCGCCACAUGCUGGAUGUGCUGAAAGCAGACCUUGGCUGCGACCAGGACAGCGACACAGACCCAAUCCAUGCAGAUCAGGAGGCCUCGGGCCCACUGGAGCAGCAGAAGUGUGGUACAACAGAGGAGCUUGAGUUUGCCAGUAAAGGUCACAGGCUGAGGAAAGCUACAAAAAAUGAAGAAUUCCUUGAGACCAGGGACUUGUCAUUAACAAAACCAAACAAAUGUGGAUCACUGUCCCGGAGCAAAAGGUCAAGGGAGACACGGGGCAAGGAGGACUUCUCAGAAGAUACCACAGAAAUUAUGGGUGCUGGGAAAGAGUCUGAUUUCUGUGGUGUGGUAUUUGAAGAACACCCAGACACUUCAGCCACCUGUGAGGCAGCUUCAAAUUUGUUUGUUUGUGACAGUGAUUUUGAUGUCAAUAAGGAACUUGGUGAACUUGAUGAAAACUUUGCAGAGGCCCUUCACAUUUCACCUAACUAUUCAUAACUGUAACCAAAACUUACCUGUUAAACUGGGAUAGAGCUCCUUCUGUGGUGAACUGCCAUUUGUCAACCAAUAGUAAAUUGUUAGGUUUAUUUUCAGUUAUUUCUGUUUAAAUACUGCUAAGAUCUCUGUAGCAGGAUACUGUUAAUUGGGCAUUAAUCUCUGUGUAAAUUAGAUAUUAAAGGAUAAAGGGUCAGUUCAGGGUCAGUUAUGAGAACAAUUUUUGUAUUUUGCUCAUAAUUGUAUAACUCAAAACAAACUUGAGAAUAUUACAACUAGAUUUAUAUUUUUUAGAGCUGUAAUCAUAAGUUAUGAAAUAUUAUUGAUUUAAAGAAAUUAAUUGAUAGCGCA